AUGAGCACAACUUCAGCCUCUGAGGCGUAUGUCGAUGACAAUUCAUCGUGGGAUUCAUUCCAUUUGGACGCUCGUCUUGUUCAGGCCAUCGAUCAGCUUGGUUUUGAACAUCCUACCUUAAUUCAGGCUAGUGCGAUUCCCCUAGCUUUGGAAGAAAAGAGAGAUAUCAUAGCGAAAGCUUCUACAGGCUCUGGAAAAACUGGUGCCUAUGUGAUUCCAAUCAUUCAUAACUUGCUUACGGAUGCUGAGGUCGAAUCGGGAAACCAUCAUAUAAAAAGUAUAAUCUUGGUGCCUACUAGAGAGUUGUCCAACCAAGUUCUCCAGUUCGUUGAAAAACUCUUGGUGUACAGCAACAAUAGAAUUAAUGCCAUCAACUUGUCCGCUAAUCUCAGUGACCAAGUUGUCAACUCGCUAUUGAUGAACAAGCCAGAAAUCAUCAUCUCCACACCAGCCAAGUUGAUCCAGGUCUUGGAAAAGAAUGCCAAUAAAGACUUGAUCGAUUUGUCUACUGUAAGGAACUUGACCAUUGACGAAGUUGAUUUGGUAUUGUCGUAUGGGUAUCUCGAGGAUUUGCAGAAGUUGGAGACCUAUUUGCCCAUCAAGAAGAACCUUCAGACCUUCUUGAUGUCUGCUACUGUAAACGAUGACCUCAAUGACUUAAAGACUAGAUUUUGUUCUAGACCAGCUAUUUUGAAGUUGAACGAUGAAGAAUCUGCUCAGAACAAGUUGAUUCAAUACUACGCCAGAACAACUGAGUUUGACAAGUUUUUGCUCGCAUAUGUCAUUUUCAAGUUGAACUUGAUCAAGGGGAAGACCUUGGUGUUUGUCAACAACAUCGACAGAGGCUACAGAUUGAAGUUGUUCCUCGAGCAGUUCGGGAUCAGAUGCUGUAUAUUGAACAGUGAGCUCCCAAUUAACUCCAGAUUGCAUAUCGUAGAAGAAUAUAACAAGAACGUCUACAACCUACUCAUUGCUACCGACGAGACCAAUGACUUCACAGUAGAAAAAGAUGAACAACAACAAGAAGAGAGCCAAGAUAAGAAAGCUUCUUCAGCUAAGACUAAGCAAUCCAAGAAGUCAAAAAAACAGAAGAAGGAUACCGAAUACGGUGUUUCCAGAGGUGUGGACUUCAGGAACGUAGCCUGUGUAUUGAAUUUUGACUUGCCUACUACGUCCAAGGCAUACAUCCAUAGAAUCGGUAGAACUGCCAGAGCCGGCAAAGCCGGUAUGGCACUUUCAUUCGUAUUGCCCAUCAAGGAAGUUGGAAAACACAAAACUGCAUCUUUGUCUACAGCCAAGAAGGACGAGAAAAUCUUACGUCGUAUAGUAAAGCAACAGUCAAAGAACGGAUUUGAAAUCAAACCUUACCAGUUUGAUAUGAAGCAGGUGGAAGGUUUCCGUUACAGAUCGGAAGAUGCGUUCCGUGCCGUGACUCAGACUGCGAUCAGAGAAGCCCGUAUCAAGGAGUUGAAAAACGAAUUGAUCAACUCUGACAAGUUGAAGCGUUUCUUUGAGGAAAAUCCGCAGGACUUAGCAUCGUUGAGGCACGACAAAGAAUUGCAUCCUACUAGAGUCCAGAGUCACUUGAAGAGGGUUCCAGACUACUUAUUGCCAGAAAGCGCUAGACAAGACCCAAAGAAGAUUGGAUUCGUCCCAUUCCACAAGAACAAAGUGCACAAGAACAGAAAGAAGAAGCCUACAGGAAGAAAGGCUGAUCCCUUGAAGUCGUUCAAGAACAGAAAAUGAGCAUAUAGAUAAAGUGUAUAGCAUUCGAUCGUAAACUAAAAAUAUUGAUAAUGUACAUGUCUAUAAA